AUGGCGCCUGCAGACAUCGACCACUCUCCCUUCGGGCGCAUGCUCGACCUAGAAACCGUCCCAGAUUGUCCCGAUUCCGGAGACAUGAACGCCGCUGCACAUGAUUCAUUCCUUAACCAAGUUACAGCCGCGGCCUGGACCACCAGCGACGAGUACACCGGCAAACCCGGCGGAAUUAGCGGCGUGAAGAACGAGGAGGGGAACGCGAACAAUCCUGAGUCCCCGCGCGCGGCUCGGAAGCAGCUUCUCGCGGCGCUUAUGCAGGCUCUCGCGGAUUCUGCCGACAACACCGCCGCCGCCGCCGACGAGCCUUCCUCACCGGAAUUUUCGGCGCUGGCAGCAGGAACGCGGAAGCGCAAGGCGUCGGAAAUCGAGGAGGCGCCCUCCGCGGCGGCUGCGCCUGCCGAGGGUGGAAGCGAAGCGGAGGUGACACGUGAGCUGCGCCGUGCGAUUUGUGCUGUCAUCCUCCGCAGCGAACCGUCACGCCCCGCUCCCUGCGCAGGCUUUCCUGGCGCUCCCGCACCUCCCGCGCCUGCUUCCACGACAAAACAAGUCAACACUGUCGGCAGGACGCUCGCCCAUGGCCCGCUGCAGAUGCCCUUUCGUCUGCCCAUCGCCAAAGGUGCUGCUCCCGCUGCACCUUCCGCUGCGCCCCCUCUACUAGCCACCGUUCCAGAAGCAGCAGCUUGCAUGAACUACUUUGACAACUCAGAUGAUGACAUGGCCGGUUUUGGCGGAAGUCCAGCCUGCGGAGGCGCUAAUGGGGCAGCAGAUGAUGAUUGGUUGCCGCGCAACCGAGGGCGCAAGGACAGGCAUGCGGCGGGAGAGCGCAUAAAGGCGCGGAGCAUGGCGGAGAGGCAGAGGCGGGAGAGGAUCAGUGAGGGGCUGCAGAAGCUGCGGUUGGUGGUGCGCGGGCAUGGGGACACUGCCACCAUGCUUGACAAGGCUGUCGCGUAUGUCGAUGCGUUGCAGCGCAGAGUGACCGCGCUGGAAACCGCCCUGCUGCUGCACCAGGCGUCGUGCAAGCACCCAAGGGUUCAGCCUGAUUGGUCCCUGGCCUCUUCUGGAGAGUCUUCUGAGCUUUUGUAG